AUGCGCUCCUUCAUCGUCGCCUCCCUAGCCCUCAGCGCCAGCAUCGCAUCCGCCAUGCCUCAGCUCCAGGCUCGCCAACAAGCCUAUGACCACCAAGGCAACGCCGCCGUCGAUGCACAGCAGAACUACCGUCCUCAGGGCUACUCCGACAACACCUACCCAGGUAACACUCAGGUCGACGCUGACGAUAACGUUCGUCCCAAUGGCCAGACCUACAGCGGGUAUCAAUACACUUCCGGCUCUGGCGGCGGAGCUGGCUACGGCUACGAUCACAGGGACGACGACAUCGAUGCUUUCACGUGCCCCGGCCUGCAAGCGGUACCGCAGUGCUGUGAGCUGAAUGCUUUGGGGGUUGUGUCGGCUAGCUGCAAGAACCCGACGAACACGCCGCAUGACAAGGACUCCUUUAACGAGGAUUGUGCUCAGGAUGGAAAGACGGCGCAGUGUUGUCUUUUGCCGUUGUUGGCUGGUGUCAGUGUCGCUUGCAAUGACAUCUAG